CUUUCUGCUUGGGAUCAUGUGAUUUCUGGUAUGGGACCCAACAUGGCAGCCAACAUGGGAUUCAAUAUGGCGCCCAACAUGGGAUUCAACAUGGCACCCAACAUGGUGCUCAACAUGGGAUCCAACAUGGCGGCCAACAUGGGAUCCAACAUGGUGGCUAACAUGGAAUCCAAUAUGGCGCCCAACAUUGGACUCAACAUGGGAUCCAACAUGGCGGCCAACAUGGGAUUCAACAUGGCGCCUAACAUGGUGCUCAACAUGGGAUCCAACAUGGCGGCCAACAUGGGAUUCAAUAUGGCGCCCAACAUGGGAUCCAACAUGGCGCCCACCAUGGCGGCCAACAUGGGAUUCAAUAUGGCGGCCAACAUGGGAUCCAACAUGGCGCCCAACAUGGGAUCCAACAUGGUGCCCAACAUAGGAUCCAACAUGGCGGCCAACAUGGGAUUCAAUAUGGCAGCCAACAUGGCGCCCAACAUUGGACUCAACAUGGGAUCCAACGUGGCGGCCAACAUGGGAUCCAAUAUGGCAGCCAACAUGGGAUUCAAUAUGGCGGCCAACAUGGGAUCCAAUAUGGUGCUCAACGUGGGAUCCAACAUGGCGCCCAACAUGGGAUCCAAGAUGGCGCCCAACAUGGGAUCCAACAUGGCGCCCACCAUAGGAUCCAACAUGGCUGCCAACAUAGGAUCCAAUUUCCGGUUGGGGGUCAUGUGACUUCCAGUGGGGUCAUGUGGGGGGGGGGGGUGUGGUCACAUGGGAUCCCAUUGGGGAUGGGAUCCAAUGGGGUCAGAACAUGCUCAGUCUGUGCUCUC